UGAGUGAGUGAGUGAGGGAGAGCUGAUUAGAUUGGAGAGAGCCAAGGAGGUACGGCUGUACUAUUCAGGGGAGGGGAGGGCGACUAGGUGAAUGCAGUUUGCUGCUACGUGUCGCCGAAUCACAGCAAAAGUCCACAGACAAGGAUGAUUUGGAUCUGAAUCAACAAAUGGAGAUGAAAAAACUGGAUGUACACAGCAUGUGAGGAAAAAAAAAACAAGGGAGGAUGAAGACUCUGUCUUAAUGUGCUUUUAUCUCUGCAUCAAACCCUGGUGUGAGGAGCCCACGGGGAGGCAAAGGAAAACAGCGGACAAGUCCUUUCUGUGCUGGAGCAGAGGAACUGUGAGUCAGAGCAGAGUCAGCUGUGGGACUCGCUGGGAUUUUGAUAUAAACUCUCGCCGGUGUGUGUGAGUCAGUGUGUGUAAGCUGAUAAUAGCAUCUCCAUUGGUAUUCAGCGGAGGGAGCUCCAGGAUCUCGCUGCGCCUUUCCCCAGAAUGGGAUCACAGAGCAGGGAUUGUGCUUGCCUGUGGAGAGCCCAGUGAAAUGGAUGUGAAGCCUCAAGGAGAUGGACACCAAAUGGGCAGCAUGGAAGCCAACGUACAGCCUGCAGCGACUAGCUUUCCACACCUAACCGCCGUCACCAUCUCCAGCCAUCAGCUCGGGCCGUUCCAGCGAGGGCAGAGCGCGGAGAGUUGAGGCUGGACCAGCGAGGAGCCGCCUGCGGGAAGAACAGACGAGCAGAGAGGACCCGUCCUCAGAGGAGGCCGCACAAAACAAACCGCUUUGUGUGUGUCGCACAGACAAUUAAGCGUCUUAGACGUCAUCUGAAAUGAAAUAGGCUGCAGUGAUGCUUGAGCAGUUGCGUGGAGGUUUUGGACUUGUACGGAUUUAUCGACUGGAUAUCCUUUUGAGAUUAAAACACUCUGGUGCACACCUCAGAGCUGGAUCUCCUUUUUUCCUGAAAGGAUUGUGGGAAAAAGCGAAUAACUGAAAAUCUGCCUUUGGGAGAUUUCCUGUUCUGAUUUGUUUUUUCCGAUUUGUUUUUAUAUAUCUUUUUGAAGGAACAAUUUCAAAACAGUGUGAUCCCCCCCCCCCACCCCUGGCUUUCUUUUUCACCAUCUUUUUCAUUCAUUUUGGGGAAAUACAUUAUGAAGCAGUACAAUUUUUCUUCUUCUUCUUCUUCUCCUUCAUCCUCCCACAGUGACGGAAGGAGAAGAGGGACAGACUGUCCAGAAUAGAUAACGAGUAAGGAGACUCACAUCGAGGAGGAGGGAGAAGAAAACAAAAAAAGCAGAAAACAGAGGAACAGGUCCUCUGCAGGCCCCUAAACAACACGAGAUGUGCAGACAGAGGAAAGCAGAAAAAGACGGCACAUAAAGGGGAAUGGGGAGCCCUUUUUGAGUGACAAGUUUUUCCAUCUCCUCCUUUCCUUAUUUAUCAAGAUGGCCUCUUGUUAUUUUGUUCUUUAAAAAAGGGGAAGAAAAAAACCCAUCUGCCCGAUCAAUCCCGCAUUUUGUCCGCACACAGAACUGAACCUUUCGUUUCGCCAGUUUUUGGAUUUGUUUUUCCUCUGAGUUAUAAACACUGGAUCCCUUCAACUCCCCGUUGUAUGAAUCUGCUCCCAAUGAAACAGUGCAAAUUCGUGUGACCCCCCCCUCGGCAUCCCGCCUUGGCCAAGGUGCUGGAACUCUGUGGUCUCAGAUCUCAGUACCUGUGUCGACUCACUACUACAGCUGCAACAUGGCACAGCACUUCUGACACCGUCUGAUUCAUUCUGUGGUGGUACAGGCAGCCCGCAGACCAUUCUCCAUGAGGAGCAGUAGAAGAUGCCGGCUCUGCCAGCACUGCUGCUGUCAAUACACUUCCUCUCCUUCCUGCUAGUCACCAUGCCGCCACGGUCCCUCAGUCAGGCCCCUCUACUCUCUUCUGUCCGCAUGGCUGCAAUCCUGGAUGACCAGUCGGUGUGUGGGCGUGGGGAGCGCCUAGCCCUGGCCCUGGCCAGGGAGAACAUCAACAGCGUGAUCGAGGGUCCAGCCCGAGCUCGAGUGGAGGUGGACAUAUACGAGCUGCAGAAAGACUCCCAGUACGACACCACCGACACCAUGUGUCAGAUUCUACCCAAAGGCGUCGUCUCUGUGAUAGGUCCAGCUUCCAGUCCUGCCUCUGGCUCCACAGUCAGUCAUAUAUGUGGGGAAAAAGAGAUCCCUCAUGUAAAAAUUGGUCCAGAGGAAACUCCCCGCUUGCCGUAUCUUCGCUUUGCCUCCGUUACUCUGUACCCUAGCAACGAGGACCUGAGCCUGGCCAUAGGAGCCAUCUUACGCUCAUUCGGCUACCCCUCCGCCAGCUUGGUCUGCGCAAAGGCUGAGUGCCUCCUCAGACUGGAGGAACUGGUCCGCCGCUUCCUUAUCUCGCGGGAGACGCUGUCAGUCAGGAUGCUGGAUGACAACCUAGACCCAACGCCGCUCCUGAAGGAGAUCCGUGACGACAAAGUGGCCACCAUCAUCAUUGACGCUAAUGCUUCUGUUUCCUAUCUCAUCCUCAAGAAGGCAUCAGAGCUGGGGAUGACAUCAGCAUUUUAUAAGUACAUCCUCACCACCAUGGAUUUCCCCCUAUUGAGACUGGAUGACAUUGUGGAUGAGCAGUCCAACAUUGUGGGUUUCUCCAUGUUUAACACCACCCAUCCCUUCUAUUUGGAGUUCAUCAGGAGCUUGAACCUCUCAUGGAGGGAGGGCUGCGAUCUAACCUACCCCGGCCCUGCGCUCUCGUCGGCACUCAUGUUUGAUGCCGUACACGUGGUGGUGGGAGCGGUGAGGGAACUGAACCGCAGUCAGGAAAUUGGAGUGAAGCCGCUCAGCUGCACCUCACCUCAGAUCUGGCAACACGGCACCAGCCUCAUGAAUUAUCUGCGCAUGCCUUCUGCCAUUCAUCAUAGUUCCUGCAAACUGUGCCAGCACCUGGGUUUUGGAGUGGCCCCGCUGAGCUGUGAUGUGCAGGUCGAGUACGACGGCCUGACGGGGCGAGUGGAGUUUAACAGCAAAGGUCAGAGAACCAACUACACCCUGCGGAUCCUGGAGAAGCACAGAGGAGGUCACAAAGAGAUCGGGAUCUGGUACUCCAACAACACCUUGGCAAUGAACUCCACCAGUCUGGAUAUUAAUGUCUCAGAGACGCUGGCAAACAAGACUCUCAUCGUCACCACCAUUCUGGAGAACCCAUAUCUGAUGCGUAAAGACAAUUACCAAGAUUUCCAGGGCAAUGACCAGUAUGAGGGCUUCUGCGUUGACAUGCUGAGGGAACUGGCAGACAUCUUGAAAUUCUCCUUCAAGAUCAAGCUGGUGGAUGAUGGGCUGUACGGGGCCCCGGAGCCCAACGGCUCAUGGACCGGCAUGGUUGGAGAGCUGAUCAACAGGAAAGCAGACCUGGCAGUAGCAGGCUUCACCAUCACAUCAGAAAGAGAGAAAGUUAUCGACUUCUCUAAGCCGUUCAUGACCCUGGGGAUCAGCAUCUUGUACAGAGUUCAACUGGGUCGGAAGCCAGGUUACUUCUCUUUCCUUGAUCCUUUCUCUCCAGCUGUCUGGCUCUUCAUGUUACUCGCCUACCUGGCAGUCAGUUGCGUGCUCUUCCUGGCAGCAAGGUUAAGUCCUUACGAGUGGUACAACCCUCACCCAUGUCUGCGAGAACGCAGAGACAUGCUCGAGAACCAGUACACUUUGGGAAACAGUCUGUGGUUCCCUGUCGGGGGCUUCAUGCAGCAGGGAUCUGAAAUAAUGCCCAGAGCCUUGUCUACCAGAUGUGUCAGUGGCGUGUGGUGGGCGUUCACUCUGAUCAUCAUCUCCUCUUACACGGCCAAUCUGGCGGCCUUCCUGACCGUCCAGAGGAUGGAGGUUCCCAUCGAGUCUCCGGACGACUUGGCUGAUCAGACCAACAUCGAGUAUGGUACCAUUCAUGGAGGGAGCACCAUGACUUUCUUCAUGAACUCGCGGUACCAGACGUACCAGCGCAUGUGGAACUACAUGUACUCCAAGCAACCCAGUGUAUUUGUGAAAAGCACAGAGGAGGGUAUCGCCCGUGUGGUCAACUCCAAGUACGCCUUUCUGAUGGAGAGCACCAUGAACGAGUACCAUCGCGGUCUCAACUGUAAUCUCACUCAGAUCGGAGGUCUGCUGGACACCAAGGGCUACGGCAUUGGCAUGCCACUGGGAUCUCCGUUCAGAGAUGAGAUCACACUGGCCAUCCUCCAGCUGCAGGAGAAUAACAGACUGGAGAUACUGAAGAGGAGGUGGUGGGAGGGGGGCCAAUGUCCCAAAGAGGAGGACCACCGUGCCAAGGGUCUGGGCAUGGAGAACAUUGGGGGCAUCUUUGUGGUGCUGAUCUGUGGCCUCAUCAUUGCCGUGUUUGUGGCCAUCAUGGAGUUUGUUUGGUCGACGCGCCGCUCGGCAGAGACCGAUGAGGUAUGCCCCCAUACCUGCCCGCGCCGACCCCACAGACACACCCCAGUGUCUGUCUGUCAGGAGAUGAUCACAGAGUUCCGAAACGCCGUCUCCUGUAAAAAGAGUUCCCGCAUGCGCCGCCGUCGGCCCCUGAGCAGCUCGACGGCCUUGCGCCACCCCACCCGCAUCGCUCUGGGGGCCCCUCGGCCCCUGCGCCUCGUCCGAGAGAUGCGGCUCAGCAACGGGAAGCUGUACAGCGGAGCCGGCCCCCUGACGGGUGGGUCGGGAGGCACGGGGCCCCCCGAUCUGGGUCCCGGACCCCAACGGAUUCUAGACGAUCCACUGGGGGCCAACACCACCCCACCUCCCCCCGCCCCCACCCCUGUGCUGCUGCCGAGUCGCAGCUGCGCCCACGUGCGGAUCUGCCAGGAGUGCAGAAGGAUCCAGAGCCUGAGAUCAGGCAGCAGUUUAGGAUCGACCUCGACAAGAAUACCCCCCUCGUCCGCCCCCCUCCCCCGGCUACCUCCACCCCCUCUCCCAUCCUCGUCCAACACAGACAGUGAGGGGGGUGGGGGGCCCAGCCCACGGCGGCUACAUCACAGCCCCCCACCUCAUACUCCUCAACCCAUCCCACCUCCACAGAGCAGCAACAACACAGACCUACUGGGGGACAAGGACUGAGGAUAGAAGCAGCUUGGCGGGAGGUGGGGGGGCGGGCAGUGGAGUUACUGUCGGACCCUGCUUAAAAAAACACUAUUUUCACAGAUAAAUUAAAUUGAGAUCAAAAAGUGUGUGAUGGGGGAAGGAGAGAUGUAAUGUUUAACAUUACUCCGGUUCAGCUUGAGCCCGGAUCAAAAACUGAUUGUAAGAUGUCACCCACCAGUUAAACUGGAGAACAUUUCAGUUUGGACAAAGCUAAGAGGAGCUGCUCAUAACCAAAGGAUGGCUCUCUUUGUUUUUUUUACUCCCAUCUGAUCCCACUUUCAGACUCAGGCUCACUGGUUUUCUUCCACAGACGCUUGAAGCCAACUGGCCCUUUGAUAAAACCAAGCCUCGCUGGAGAGGACAGAAAAGUGUCCAUAACACAGCGACUAAAAGACUUCCAGAGAAUUAUUUCCUGUUGAUUUUUUUUUUCUUUUGUUGUCUUUGUUUUGUUAUUAUUGUUCUAAGUGGGAAUAAAUACAGACUAUGUGUGAUAUCAUGGUGGAUUGUAACAUUCUCAGAAAAUCAAGACUAGCUAACUGCGGUCAAGAGUUUUGUGUCCCUCCCCGUGCCCCACAGAAGCUUUUUGGAGGACUAUAGAGUGCAUAUACUAGCAGAAAAAAAGGUUGGCCUAUCUUUCUUUGUACCGUGUCUGAGAGUGUCAUGUCAGUCCUUCUGUACCCGCUCAAAUAAGAAGCAUGUACCCAGCAACAGCUUCCUUCUACCAACGUUAGAUAAUCAGACAGCCACAGAAAAAGAAGACAGCUACAGCGAGAGGUUUUGAAAUGUUAAAUUAAUAUCCCUCAUUAUCCCGUGUAAGGCUCACCAGGCCUUUACUUUUUUUCACCUCUGUUCACAUAAUGUAGACAAGAGAGAUCGGGCGAGCCAGAGGGAUGAAUAGAGAACAUAAAGGAGAGAAGACAGAAAGAGCCGGGGAGUGAGAACAGCACUCCUGAAUUUGAAAGAGAAACCCAUCCCGAAACCACUUCCAUUAUUAGAUUUGUCCUGAUCUGCUAAUUUUGGGCAUCUUUUAAGGGCCUUGCUCGUGCGCCAGCAGCCUCUUCCCCGCUCGCUGUUCACCAGACUGACUUGGCUUUCUGCAGGAAUACUUCCUGCCAGAGUGAUAAAGUCAACAUAGCCUCGUCAAUACUGUUUCAAGCUUUUGAUCAUCUCAUUAAUAUCCUCAUUGGCCAGGAUUGCUGGUAAAUACUGUAGAUUUAAAAGAAAUACAUGUUAUUUGCUCAAGCUAGGAAGAGAUAUUAUCUAUUUUAAUCAUGUUUUUAAUGUUACGGCCCAACAGUUGCUUGAAAGUGCUAUCAAAACUGAAUUUAUAUUAUGUGCAGCAAUCAGCCCCAACAUCACGUCACCUCCCUAAUACUAAGUCGGUUCCGCCUCUGCCACCAUAGCAGUUCUGAUCCAGCAAGACAUGGAUAAUGAAGUGUCUGGUGUCAUGUGGCAUCAGAUAUUUGGCAGCAUAAAGACUGCUAGGGCUGUGAAUGAAGAUUCAGUGGAUUGAGCAUUUCCUGUUGCAGACAGCAGAUGCUGGAAUGGAUUUGGAUUUUGGACGUCGAGUCGGUGCUUUUGGCUCUGGUUGUCAUUCAUUUUUAAUUGUUCCCGAACAGAUUUUGCAACGUAUCUGGAGGCGCUUUCCCUGCUGGGGGAGGGAUCUGCUGUGGCUUGAUGCUUCUGUUGCAGCACGUGUGAGCACUGUCGGCCUUCAGCAGUCCACAUAUGGGUGGAAAAGUAUCUAUCA